AUGAAAAGUACAAAUAAAUUCACCCCACUAACUCCUCUAAAAAUCGAAAAAAAUAGCCACUUUUAUGUAUCUCCUAAACGAAGGAUUAUUGAAAAAAGCUUUUUAGAGAAGGCAAAACAAGAAAGUGAGCCAAAAAUUAAAAGACCUGAAUUGCCUGCUUUCAGGAUAUCAAAAUCCCCAAACGGAAUAUUUAAAAGCAAGAUUUCAGUGAGUUAUAUGAGGAUUAAGCAAAAUUACGAAAACUUGAACCAAAACCAGGAUAAAUCUGAAAAAUCAGCAAAAAUCCUCCCUCCUUUGAUUCCAACUACAGACAGAAGAGAAAUCGAUACAUCAUUUAUUACAAAUCGUAGCAAUUUAGACUCAUUUAGAAAUUUACCUCUUACAUAUAGUGAAGUCCCCACUCCAGGAUCAAGGUCGCCAUCUCCUGAGUUCCGAUAUAAAUUACGAUCCCCAAUGCUAGUUCAUGAAAUUGGUGCAGAAUCUUUAAAAGACUUUUUCGCUAAAAAUAAAAAUAAGGUAAAAAAAUUUAUUGACGAAAGCCAACAAACUGAUUCAGCUGAUUUUGAAAAUAUUCCACAAAUAAGCCUUGAAACGAAAUUUAAACCUAUUAAGCACUUGCAAGUAGUUAUUCCUCAACAACAGUCAGAUGUUAUUCCUUCAGUAAAAAAGCUAACUCCCCCCCCCCCCCUCCGUGAGCGAACAAAACCAUUAGAAAAAUCGCCAUUUUUUGACCAAAAACCCACCCUCCGUGAGUGAACAAAAAUAUUUUUAAUAGAAAAAAUUUUAAUAGAAAAAAAUUUUGCUAUAUAAGUGAUAAUUAGUAUAAUGAAAUCUAGAGCUAAUUCUGUUUAAUUUUAAACAAAUUGCGUUUUAAAACAUAAAUUUUGCAAAUUAAAUUAGUAUUUGCUUCCCAAUUUUUGCAAAUUAGGAUUUUUUUUAAAUUUCGAAAAAAAUAUUGUUUAUAAAAUUUUAUAUAUAAAUUGUUUUUUUUAAAAAAAAAAAAUUAACCCCCCUCCGUGAGUGAACAAAAUUUUUUUUGUUCGCUCACGGGGGGGGGGGGGGGGGGAGUAAGGAUUUACAGAAGAAACGACCCUGGAGACCAAUCAGACCGUUAUAAAAUUCUUCACGAUUAUUUAGUAUAA